AGUGAAGUUGUAGACUCCAGUAUGAGUGAAGGGAAGAAAGCUCCAUUUGAGAACGCCAUCAAACAUGCUGUAUACUCCUCAAACUGCAAUACAAAUAAUAUCAAGGUUAUGAAGAUGAGAAUUUUUAAAGUGAAAUCAGGCACUGUGCCUCAUAGCUUGAACAUGAGCCCUCGACCGAGGUCUCCUCCAAAAGCUUUUAAAGACUCUUGUGAGGUUGAUGACGAUGAGAAUGUCCAGGAGUCUUUUCGAGAAAAUAUGAAGCCGCUUAUUUCAAACUUCAAUCGUCCUCGGGAAGAAAUAAAGGAUCCUUGCUACAAGAAUUAUUCACAGAAGUCUUCUACACCUAAUUCUAAGAACAUCAGCUUUGCCGAAGAAAUCUUUAAAUAAAGUUGAACAUGACAGCGCCUCACUUGGAGAUGCAAAUGAAAUGGGAAGCCAAAGCUUCAGAAAAGGGUUCUUAGAGUAUGACUACAGAGUCAAAGGUGAAUCUAUAAACCUUAGCCAUAAGAACCUGUAUGAGGUUAAUCACAAGGACUUCGGCACUUCUAGAAUCAUUUCGAUAAACCUUCAGAACAACAGAAUCACUAGAAUCCCAACUCUGAAUACUCCGAAUCUAAAGUAUUUGAACACAUUGAGACUUGAUAAUAAUUUGAUCAGAAAGUUUCCUAGCCAAAUUUUUGAGUGAGUGGUUCUGGAGACCUUAUCUCUAAACAACUGUCAGAUAAUGUACAUCCCAAGUGGGAUCAAGGAGUGUGGCCAUCUGCAGACUUUCCAUAUAAACAAAAAUCCAAUCCGUUACAUCUCGAGUAAUAUCCGAUAUUGAACGAGUCUUAGGGAGAUCUCACUCGACUGGAUCAGCUAUCUCAAUUAUGACUCAAAGAGGGACCAUAGCAAAAUAGAGGAGGACCAGGACAAAGAAAUCUGGAGAAUCGUCAAAUCUGUCUUGUUCUAUAAUAUUGAGGAGAUCAUUGCAGGCUAUAAUCCAACCCAGACUCAUUUCGACCCUGACCUUGAGAUGAUCCAGAAACAGCUUUCUGAACAAAAUAGUGAGCAUGGUGAUGAUAUAGUCGAUAGUAUCAGCUUUGAGCUGUUCCUUGUUGAAGCUUAUAAACUCAAAUUCCAGCAGAAAAGCGUGGAUCUUGCUCAUGUGAGGCUCAAAAAUAACUGGAAUCUUUUACAUAUGGCAGUGGAGUUAGACCAUCUGUACUAUAUAAGAGUAUUUAGCGCCCUGAAAGUUUCAUUCACAGAAAUUGAUCUUGCUUUAAAUACUCCAUUUCGAUUGGGAAUACACAAGUCUAAAGCAAUGAGAAGUUUAUUGCUCUAAAGAUCAUGCAAGAGAAAGGGGUCUCUGCAAUGCAAAGUUUUGGGUUAAUGGAAUCAUCUUUGAAGAUAUGUCUUGAUAAGGGAGAUCUUGACUGUGCUCACAUGCUAGUCAAAGACAAUACUUUUAUAGCCGAUUUGCUCAACCAAAUUGAUGAAGAUUAUAAAAGAACCCGAUGAACACAUUACUUGCUUAUUUCUUGCUUCAAAGUUUAUGGUAAAAGUCCUAUAAAAGCUGCUGAUAUCACUGACGUAAUUCUAAAUAUCCUUGGAGGAGACGUACUCUCCACUCUAGAUGAUACAACCCCCAUUCUCGAAGCAUGCAGGGUAUCAAAAUUCAGUUGUGUCAAGUAUAUCCUUGAGAAGAAGCUUGUUGACAACUGGCAAGAGCUUGUUGAUCAAUUUGGUAAGAACAUCUUCCACUACACAUGUGAGUUUGACGAGUUUGACCUGACUAAGAACAUUAUUGAGGAUAUCAUGAUUAAUCAAGAUCCAUAUAAAGCCUUAGGCAGCAUGAUUCUGAAGCACUGCAGUUCUCAAGGACUUACUCCAAAACUUUACGCAGACCCUCACAGGGUAAUCUGUAAAUAUAUAGUUAAGAUCGAGAAGCUUGUCUUGAAGCACACCAUUAAUUUGAGAAAAGAAGAAGUCAAGAAUUCCCUUAAAAUUCAGGACAUCCAUGUUGGUACUGUAUGUUCCAAGCAAUAUCAAAAAUUGGUUCAAAAGAAAGCCAAUUUUAGGCAAUGGAAGAACUUUAAAGUUCAAGAGAAACAGGUGAUGUUCAAAAAUUAUCUUACAAACCAGCUUGAUGCUGUUGAGUUAAAGCGAAGAGGAGUCUCUACAAAUGAGAAGAGAGUAUACCAAAAUCUAGCAAGUAGAUUGAAGACGCCGAAAAGAAUAGAUCCAAUCUUAAUAAAGAGGAGUUCAUUAUUCAAUGAAAACACAAGACGGCCAGUGAAUACCUUGACAGCGCCAAAGAAAGGUGACAAUACUGACUCCAUUUCGCCAGUAAACUCAGAAGAUGGUGCAGUUGGGUUGCAAAAAUACUCAAAUGACAAGAGGAACAACAAAUUUUUCACUCAGAAUAGAACCCUUAAGAGUUUCUCAACGCUCAGAAAUCCAAAGGAUUAUCUAAAAUUUGGGAAGAAGCCUCACUCUAAUCCGUAUAAGGGGAGGGAUCCUUCCUCGAAGAGGGAGGAUUCAUCUCCCAGUAUAAAUUCUGAAAGAAAGGAUUUCUCAUUCAACAGACAGAGAAUGUCUCAGAAACAUUUUGAAAAGCUGCAAAAAUCCAGAAAGAACACUAUGAUCCACCCAAGUUCGCCUUCUAGGAACUAUUUGGACAACAUUCAGUGUAAAGAAAGCAGUGAUUAUGGCAAAAAUGAGGACUCACAGUCAAGUCAUAAGGUCUCCUCGAAACUACAGAGAAAAAGCAGGGCUAUUUUCCCACCAGACAUUCGGAGGGUACGAAAUGCUGAUGAAAUAGAGGUAAAUAAGCAACUUAGUCAUGCCAAACGUCCUCGUACUUCAAAAUAAUGAUCUAUCUAAUUACAAUGAAGAUCAAAUGAGUGAAAGAAUGGCUAAUACCUCCCCUAUCAAUCGAGAAAUGCCAAGCAAGCUCUACUUGAAGUUGGAUAAAUUUAACGAGAAAAUAUUCGCUACUCCUGCAAUUUCAGCCAAUUCUGACCGUAGCGCGGAAAGCAAGGAAUUGUUCACCAAUGAGAAGCCUAAGAGACUAGUCAUGUCUUCUUUUAAGAUGUACAAUCACCCAAGCCUUCCUGAAUCCACUCAGGUAAAAUCUCAAUACAAGGUGUUUAAAGGAAGCAUCAACAGGAGUCAUACUUUCAUGGGUAACAAGUUCACCAAGAGUGAGAAGAAAUGCAGAAGAAACCCAAUUCUCACUGAAAAGUAUCUAGAUCUGAUGCAGGAGGACUUUACUGGUAAGGAAGGCGAGAUCCAAGGAGUUAUCCAAAAAGGAAAGGACUAUAAAACUUUCAAAAUGAAAUCGAAGCUUAAAACAACCUCUCAUCAGCUUAAGAAAAGAAAUUCUAAAUGAAAAAGAACGAAUAAGGGUGACUUCAAAUUCUUAGUGAGGGAUGAUGCAUGUCUGAAUGAUAAAGAACUGAACUUAAGCAACGCUAUCAACCAUCCUAUCCCAGGCUUAGUUAUAAAGUCCCAGUUCAAGAAGAGCAUAGAGGUAAAGAAGGAGUUUGGUCAGAAAAAAUUGAUAAAACAGAAGAUAAGAGAUAACUACAUAACUCCAAAGAUGAAGGUGAACAAGACUUUUCCUAAUAGGGAAUAUAACUUUAUCAACAAUCCAGGGGUUCCAAAUUAUGUAAAUAAUGAGCCAAAGAGGCAGCAGCUGAUGCAUAUCAGGCCUCAUCUUAGGUGAAGACAGUAAAUUCUAUAACUCUUUUUAAAA